CCCACUCUGCGACACCUCCACCCCCAUAGCGCGAUCUGCGCCAGCUCCCUCCGGAGUCGGAGCCCUGCAGCCGGUUCCGCUAUGGUGAAGCUCCGGGAUAAGGUGGCAGCGAAAGCAGCCGCACGGAUGAGCCCAGACGCGAAUGUUGUGAAGCCGGAGAAGGAUGGCGAGGGUCCGGAGGGCGAAGCGGUGUCCCGGGCUGUGACUCCGAGCAGCAGCGUGGAGUUCGCAGAAGCCCGGCGGAGACUGCUGGAGUUGGAGCGCCGGCAGCGCCGGGUCCGGGAGCUGGAGGUCAGCCUGCAGCAGCUGCACGAUAUGUUGGUGCGGGCCGAGCAGGAGGCGGUGGAGCACGGGGAACUGGUUAAUCGGAUCCGACUUAGAGCUCAGCAGGGAGAGGUUGGACUCGUCGCCCGCAGCCAGAGCAUCAAAUCCCGCCUGAAAUGUAGGGGACACCGGACGCCCUUCCUGAUCGCCGCCGCCUUACGGCUCCGCGGCUGUGUCCCCUGGGCCAGUAAAUGAAGGACCGGCGGCUGCGAUCUGUGGCAUUGAGCUAUGCUCCCCCGAAUCUUAUCGACAUUCAGAAUGUAAAUCAAAUCGAAAUAAAUGUAUUUAACGCAAUGACUUUGAGGGAGCGUUUGUCUCUG